CGUCCUACUGCCGCUCGUCUGUCGAACGAGCCGGGAGUCUUGUCCGCACCAAAGUCGCUGCCCCAGAAUCGCCCGUGUCGAGUGGGCCGAGUCUCGCUGAUAGACGACCUGCCUCGCUCGCUGCACGCUGCCGACGACGACAUCGACCACGACCACGACCACCACGCCCGUGAUAACAUGUCGACUCCUCAAACCGCUACCGCUACCCUUGCCCCGAACCACUACCAGUCCCACCAGUAUCUCCCAGCCAUGACCGACUACUCAUAUCCCCCGCAACCAUAUGCCAACGGCUAUCCUCCGUCACGGACUGCCACCACCACCACCACCGCUACCGCUGCUGCACCCUAUCCUGCCCCACCUUCAACCGCUGCUUCCUCGAAUGGCACUGCUGUCAAGAGGCCGAGGAAUCAGCCAUCAUCGACGAUGACGAUGAAGAAGAAGAAGGAGAAGAAGAAGAAGAAGAAGAAGAAGAAGAAGAAGCGCCCGCUGCUACUCAGACAUACCAGAACCCCGCCCCGCCCGCCAGCACAACCCAGCAGCACAUGGACAAACGCAGAAAAACCACAAACNUAUGACCCCAUCUACCAUCACGCCGAGUACUCCAAUACCCACACGCCGUACUAUGACGCUGCCUCGACCGACCAGAACCCCACAUCGUACAAGACGUCGGCUGCCACAUCUCUGGCCUCGCAACCAAGUGCCAGUGCCUAUGCCGAAGAUGCUGCCACGGGCCAGAAGCGCAAGAGGACCACUCGUCAGGCCGCCGCCGACCAAAAGAAGCGCGAAGUCAUUGCUCGUCCUGAUCCCUUCGCCGAGUAUGUCCCUCCACCCAAGCCACCGCUUAAGGCCAAGGAUGUCUUUGUGCCCUUGGUACCAGACCGUGACCAAAAGGUUGACGAUGACGACGGUCAUUACAUUGUCCAUGACCACGCUGACCUGACGGAGCGAUACUCGAUCGUGAAGCUCCUCGGCCAAGGCACGUUCGGCAAGGUGGUACAAGCAUAUGAUCGUAGGAGAAACGCCGACGUGGCCAUCAAGAUCAUCCGUUCUGUGCAGAAAUACCGCGAUGCUAGUCGCAUCGAGUUGAGGGUCUUGUCGACGCUGGCAUGUAACGACAAGCACAACCGCAACAAGUGCAUUCACCUGCGAGACACGUUUGACUUCCGCAACCACAUCUGCAUCGUCACCGACCUCUUGGGCCAGAGCGUCUUUGACUUCCUCAAGAGCAACACCUUCGUACCUUUCCCCAGCACUCACAUCCAGCAGUUUGCUCGCCAGCUCUUUACGAGCGUCGCCUUCCUGCAUGAUCUCAACCUCAUCCACACCGAUCUCAAGCCCGAGAACAUUCUCCUUGUACAAAACCACUACCAGACCUUCACAUAUAACCGCAACAUCCCGUCAUCAUCAAACACAAAUCCCCGCUCGGCAAAGUUCCGUAGGGUGCUGCUUGACCCCGAGAUUCGACUCAUCGACUUUGGUUCGGCCACCUUUGACGACGAGUAUCACUCAUCUGUUGUCUCGACCCGCCACUACCGUGCCCCCGAAAUCAUACUCAACCUCGGAUGGAGCUUCCCUUGCGACAUUUGGAGCAUAGGCUGCAUCCUCGUCGAGUUCUUCACAGGCGAUGCCUUGUUCCAGACGCACGAUAACUUGGAGCAUCUGGCAAUGAUGGAAGCCGUGUGCAACACUCCCAUUGACAAGGCACUUGUCCGCCAAGUCACCUCUGGCCGUGGCAGCAACAAGAACUCUGCUGCAGCACGGCAACAACUCGACUACCCUCAGAGCGACACUCCUCGCUCAUCCCGCAAGUUUGUCAAGGCGAUGAAACCUCUUCAUGAAAUCAUCCCAGCCCACAACGAGUUCAACCGCAAGUUCCUCGACCUGCUCAAGAAGAUCUUUGUCUAUGACCCAAAGAAGCGUAUCACAGCACACCAAGCCCUGCAGCAUGACUGGUUCAAGGAACACUACGAAGACGACGGCACCGAAGCCGAGAAGAUCAAGAUCGAGAGACGACGUGCCGCCCGUCUCGAAGCUCAGCGAAGUCAACAACACGACUCCCAGGUCGGUCAGCUCAACCAG